AUGGUCUUGUUCGUGGAAAUGAUCUUUUUGCCGCUUUUAUGGGUCGCCCACACGGGUGGACAAUGCAUUUUAACGAUCCCGGAUGACCCGCUGACCGCGGUGGGUCUGGCCACUCCGUAUGUGCUUUCCGGAUGCAGCAUGGUCCCUGAUACCAGCACUUUUGCACAAGCCGCGGUCAUCACUCCAAGCUUUGAGAUUUUGGCCUACAAUCCAUUGGUCAUUCAGUCUGGAACGGUGCCGUUGGAGACACCGGUCAUACCCGAGAUUCCAUGCGGGUCUGUGGUAGCGAUUUGGUUUGGAAGCAAUGCGGCCAAUGUGACUUUGGUGGACCGUCAUCAAGGUCAGACCUUGCACCUUGCGCAGUGUGUGCAAGGGUUUGGUCAAUUUGCCUACUGUCAUGCAGCGCCGUUUUUCGAACGCGCCUUUUACGGCGGGCUGUGGGGACAUUUGCAGGUUCCUGAUCUGGGUGUCGGUUUAGACUCCCGACCGUGUCCAACCACGCGCGACUUUCGUUUGGUGGAUCAAGACCAAUCCGAUAAUUUGCCUACGACUUACCUGUUGGAAGGAAACCAAACGGCCCAGGACACGACUGCCAAUCGAGCCAAACAUCCCAACGCAACAAUUCUCAACAAUGGCUCGGACAAUCUGCUUUUGGACGCCUUUGUUGCUCCGGCGUUGAAUUGCAGUACUUGGAAGGUGACUGACUUGGCCGAUCCCUGCGGACCGAAAAUCAAUGCCUUGCCUCUGAACGAAAUCAUGGCCGCGGUGCGACAAACCGAUCCCGUCGCACUGGUGCCGUCGGGAGACCCCAUGGUGUCUGCCGGCGGGCUGCCAAAAUUGAAUUUAUACCGUGUGGGUGUGUUUCAGCCUCUGACCUUGUUGGCCAGCACCGGUGACUAUUGCGGUCAUCUGGUGAAUACCGGACUGACUGGGUUGGUGACGGCGCAAUCCUACUUGACGGCCUUUGUUAACAAUCCCGGAGGUCCCGCGGUGCCGAAUUUAUACGAAUUUCUCCUGGUGCGAUGGCAGCAGAGUUAUGAGAAUCUCGGAUGUGCCGGCUACCUCAAUCUCACCAACCCGGUGACCAUUGCUCCCGGUGGAAAUAUUAGUGUGGCGUUGCCCCUGCAGCAGACGCGUGUUUAUUAG